AUGGGUAGACCUAGCAAACGCGCUGCUCAUAUGAGACAGCACCGUUUAAAUGAGACAAACGAAGAAAGGGAGAAACGUCUAUCUCAAAAGAGGAAAUCUACCUCAAUUGACAUUUCAAAAGAGACUUGUGAAGAGCGCAAAAAUAGGCUUUCAAUAAUGCGGGCUUACAUGAAAAAAGUUUUGUACAGGGAAAAUAUCGAAAAACGUACUCUCCGUCUCGGCCUGAUCCACGAUCGCCUAUCGAAUGAGACGGAAGAACAACGUGCCCACCGCCUCGGCGUGAUCCACAAUCGUCUAUUGAAUGAGACGCAAGAGCAACGUGCCCACCGCCUUGGCAUGAUCCACGAUCGUCUAUCAAAUGAGACGCAAGAGCAACGUGCUCACCGCCUUAGCAUGAUCCACGAUCGUCUAUCGAACGAGACGCAAGAGCAACGUGCCCACCGCCUUGGCAUGAUCCACGAUCGUCUAUCGAAUGAGACGCAAGAGCAACGUGCUCACCGCCUUAGCAUGAUCCACGAUCGUCUAUCGAACGAGACGGAAGAGCAACGUGCUCACCGCCUCGGUGUGAUCCACGAUCGUCUAUCGAACGAGACGGAAGAGCAACGUGCUCACCGCCUCGGUGUGAUCCACGAUCGUCUGUCGAACGAGACGGAAGAGCAACGUGCUCACCGCCUCGGUGUGAUCCACGAUCGUCUAUAUCACUUUAAAUGA